CCAACCGGUUCGCUCUCGCUGGUUGGCGAGUGGCCCAAGCUUUUCGGUGCUGCUCCUGGAGCGUGUGGGCCAAAACGCGAAUGAACAUCGACCGUGGAAGUUGACUGCUGAAGUACAAAGCGCUAGGCUGAAGUAUACGAAAUUCAUGUGAGACUAGCGAGCCGCGGCCUCACUAGCCAAAGCCAGCCACAACCAAAAAAAAAAAAAAAACCAAAAACAAAUAACAGGCAGCAGCAGGAGGAGCUCACACACACACAUCGACGAAGCGCCAGGACCCGCAUCACCAUAUCCUUCCUGCCAAACAGUCGCCACUGCUGCCGCCCCCGCUCCCCGCUCCCCUUGCAGGAGUCACACUUCGUUAAACGCUGCUCAAAACCCAUCAUCCAACUAAUAAAGCGAACGAUAAACAAGCGCAUUAAGCACCGCAGCGACCGAGCUAUUAACGCUAGUCUGGAUCCCGAUUGCUGAUUGGAAAGGAGAAACAUUGGCAGCAUUUCUGAUUAGGGGCAACAACACAGCAAAACAAAAUGCCGCCAAAUGCAAAAUCGGAAACGGACGCCAAACCGGAAGCGGAACCAGCGCCAGCGUCCGAGCCGGCAGCGGAACUGGAGUCCGUGGACCAGAAGCUGCAAGAAACACAUCACUCCAAAUUCCGUGAGGUGGACAGGCAGGAGCAGGAGGUGCUCGCCGAGAAGGCGGCGGAGGCGGCCAGUCAAAGAAUCGCACAGGUGGAAUCAACAACACGCAGUGCAACCACAGAGGCUCAGGAAUCCACCACCACCUCAUUGCCGGUGAUCAAAAAGAUCGAGCAUGUCGGCGAAGUGGUCACCGAGGUGAUCGCGGAGCGCACGGGGCUGCCCACAUGGGGCGUGGUGGCCAUCAUCAUACUCGUGUUCCUGGUCGUCUUUGGUAUAAUCUUCUUCUGUGUGCGGAGAUUCCUGAAGAAGCGAAGAACCAAAGAUGGUAAGGGUAAGAAGGGUGUCGACAUGAAGUCGGUACAGUUGUUGGGAUCGGCGUACAAGGAGAAAGUUCAGCCUGAUAUGGAGGAACUCACCGAAAAUGCCGAGGAGGGCGACGAGGAGGACAAGCAGAGCGAACAGAAGCUGGGUCGCCUCAACUUCAAGCUGGAAUACGAUUUCAACUCGAAUAGUUUGGCCGUGACGGUGAUCCAAGCCGAGGAGCUACCCGCCCUGGAUAUGGGCGGCACCUCGGAUCCCUAUGUCAAGGUGUACUUGCUGCCCGACAAGAAGAAGAAGUUCGAGACCAAGGUGCACCGCAAGACCCUGAGUCCGGUCUUCAACGAGACGUUCACCUUCAAGAGUUUGCCCUAUGCCGAUGCCAUGAACAAGACGCUAGUGUUUGCCAUAUUCGACUUCGAUCGCUUCUCGAAGCACGACCAGAUCGGCGAGGUGAAGGUCCCACUGUGCACCAUCGACCUGGCGCAGACGAUCGAGGAGUGGCGCGACCUGGUCAGCGUUGAAGGAGAGGGCGGACAGGAAAAGCUGGGAGACAUCUGCUUCUCGCUGCGCUACGUGCCGACCGCCGGAAAGCUAACCGUCGUCAUCCUGGAGGCCAAGAACUUGAAGAAGAUGGACGUGGGCGGACUGUCUGAUCCAUAUGUGAAAAUUGCAAUCAUGCAAAAUGGCAAACGUUUGAAAAAGAAGAAGACAAGUAUCAAAAAAUGCACCCUCAACCCUUACUAUAAUGAGUCGUUCUCAUUUGAAGUACCAUUUGAACAAAUACAAAAAAUCUGUCUCGUUGUGACCGUCGUGGACUACGAUCGUAUUGGAACCUCCGAACCCAUCGGCCGCUGCAUACUUGGCUGCAUGGGCACCGGAACCGAGCUGCGUCACUGGUCGGACAUGUUGGCCUCGCCCCGCCGGCCCAUCGCCCAGUGGCACACCCUCAAGGAUCCCGAGGAGACCGACGAGAUCCUGAAGAACAUGAAGUAAGGCGGCGCCAUGGAUAACCAAUGCAGACACCUUUACCACUCGAGCUUAAAAACUAACCUUUCCACUUGAUCUCAUCGUUGGCAGACUUGCAGCACAUCUAUCAAACGUAUAAAAGUAACCAAAGAACACUUACGCGAACCGUCAGACAUUGAAAUCGAAUGCAUCAUCAUCAGCUACAAAUGAUCCUCCUCACCCGAAACGACAAGCAACAAUCAGCGAAAUAUCGUAGUUAAUGCAAAAAUUGUUCAUCUAUGCAGUUAUCUCAACAUAAACAUACUGGAACACACAAAAUGCCGAUUAAGUAAUACCAUAGGUGUCUAAGUUAUAUCUCAUUGGUUGAACAGCAAAGCGAAGUGAAAGCUAUGAAAUCCUAUAUAGAAAGCAAUGUGGUGUCCCUUUCACUGGCCGGAAUCCGAAAUAGUUCGAUCGAUUUUACAUACACGUAUAAUCCACACAUGAAUUCAUUCUGAGAUCUAUGAAUUUGUUGUUGUCCCUGAUUGAGAUUUUCCAAACUAUGAAAAUUACGAGUAUGUUCUAUUAAAAUGCAAAAACUCUAUAUACUCAAACUAUUUAACGGAUGAACGAGAGGGUAUGAUUUUUAAAUGUUAAGUUUACUUUCGUUUUUAAAUUAGUGCAAUGAUUAAAGGGAUCUUUCCGGUUUUAAAUUGGUUUUUCAAUCGUUGAAGGAUUACUAGUGAAUAAUAUUACUGACUAAUGCAUAUAUAUGAAACAAAACAAGAACGUAAAGGCAACUUAAACUGUUAUGUAAAUUAUUUAUUAUGUUUAAAUUAUUGAGCAUUACGUACCUAACUGUGUAAGUAUUAAUCUAUGUGUGUUUAAAAGAAAUGGACAUGGCAGACAUAUUAACAGGAGAAUGGAAGGGAAAUCAUAAAAUAUAUAUUAUAUAUAAAUAUUAUGUAUAACGACCUAACAGAAUCAGACGAAUAAGUAGAAGGGAAACCAAAAUAAAAACCGAAAACCAAAAGCAAAUAACAAAAGUUAAACUUUGAAGCGUGAUUUCAACGGAAUAUAUCAUCAGUUUAAACUUAAAGAAAAUAUCGAACAUUUUGCACAAUGGAUCAGAUUGGAAUAUUCUUUUUUUAAUUCGAACACUUUGUAGAAAUAUGGCUCAGUUUGGGAAAGGUUUCCAUUUUCGAUAAGUUUUUCCUUUUGUUAGCUUUAAAUUUGCGUUCCAGUUUAAACUAUUAGUUUGGUAGCUUCUUCUUCUCGAAUAUUAAGGUUUCUACAACUAUCUAUGAGUCGUUUUACUCGUUUCCGACUUUAACACAUUCCCUAAUUUAGAAAUCAUAUUAGGACCUAAUGAAAAUAUACAUACUAACUAAAUGAUUAUGGCAAAAAUGUUAAAACAGAAAAAGAAAUAUUAAGAACAAUAAUAGUUAUUACUAUUUAUAUUAUAUUCAAGUAUAUGACAUCUAAACAAUAUACAUUUAUAUAAACUUGUGCUCCUGCUGCACAAGCCUACUAAGAAUUUGGGAUUUUUAAUAUGGAAAAGCGGCGGCAGCAAAACUUCUACCUACCUAAAACACAAACUAGCUAAUUAAGCUAACAAAAAUGUAAUCCGAUAUUGAAAUCGAUAUUCGAAUUUGAAAUCAAAGUCGAGACGAAGGAUUAACAGUGAGCCAUGAUUUUCUGAUUUUUUCCAUAUUGAAAGUAAAUGAAAUUCAACUAAUACAUUAGAUGUUUUUGUCCUGUAAAUGGUAUAUUAUAAUGAUAAUGAUAAAGAUAAAGCGUAGUUAGGGAUCUGUGUAUCCCCUGUACACCCACUUACACAGUUGUAGUUAUGUUCACUGAAGCAAGAGAAAUGCGUAGGAGUACACAAAGAACAAAGAAUGCAAAACUUACAAAUCGAGAAAAUACCAAAAAUAUUUAUGUAAUAUAAUUCAUCUAAAUUUAACAAAUCGAAGUGGACGCCAGGAAGAACAAGUUAUGCAACUUAUUACGAGUAUUGUUCAAUAAAAAUAAAUAACUUUGCUUUUCCAAAUAAUUACUGUAAAUUAUCUCAAGCCCAAAAACAGCUAAAUAAGACACAGAUACAAAACACACUCACACACCCACAAACACACAUAUGUAUUAUGUAUUAAACAAAUGGUAAAUUACUAACAAAAAUCGAAGCCUAACCACAACAGCAACAAAAUGAAACAAACAAGACAACAAACUAUAUAUACUUGCAUAUUAAACAAAUUAUAUGAAAUUAUAUAAAAUGAUGUUGAUUAUUGAUUUAAAUUAAAACUGAGAAAGUGAAUAAAACAAAUUAUAUAUACACCUAUAUAUAAAUAUUAAACAAAACAGAAGCAAAACUUUCAUUUGUGUUUUCCUUUUAGUUGGUAUACGCAUACAUACGAACACAGUGCUACACUGAGCGAAACGAAGUGCAAGUGUUAGCCCAAAACGACAUGUACAUACACACCCACACCACACACACAACAUAUACCACACAUGAAAACACCCACACUGAAACACCCACGAACUGACCAAAAAGCAAGUCGAACGAACACAUGAAUGUACUAUAUUAUAUUAUAUUAAAUAUUGUAUUGUAUUAUUUUCGAAAACGUUCUCAAAGCAAGCAGAAUGCAACGCAUAGCCCAUCACGAAAGCACAAAUCAGUAGAGGAAGGAAGUUAAAGUAAAUAAGAUACUAAAAUAGGCCAGAGAUAAAUAAAACGAUAAAUAAAAAGGAAAAAACAAUAUAAGUAGCAGUCCAUGUACUUUUAUUUUCUAGAUAUGUAUGUAUGUAAUUUAUAUUCGAGGUAAAUCAGGCAUUAUGCAUUUAGCAACCAGACAAGAGCAUAAAACCGCAUCUAGGAUUCACCAUCGAUCCAAGAUCAAAGGAUCGGGAUCGAUCAUCCUACACUUCACCAUAGCUACAGCCCCGAUUCCACUGGGGAAAAUCCGAGUAUAGGGGAAUCCCCCUCCAAUGUCAGCCAGUGCAUUUAUUUUGGUCAAAGGGAGCACGCGGCAGCACUUCGAGGAAUCGGGAUAGUAUACAUAUAGAGCGCACCUGAGGGAACGAUCACGAUCACGAUCGAGUAGAGUAAUGUAUAAGUACAGAGGAGUAACGACAAAUACAAGAUAUAGAAAUAUGCGUUAUAGGUUGAACAGACCCAAGAUAUAGGACAAUGUUUGAUGUUGAUAUGAGUUAAUCUGGCCACCUAGCGUGCGCAUUAUAUGCAUAGAUACGAACAUACAUACAUAGUGCAGGAGAUAGGCCCUCCCAUAGGAUCAUUUUAUAUACCCAGAAUUCCGAGGGAGGGCAGCCACAUUAUACAUAACCAUCGACAGCACCGCAUAGUAUGAACACAGCAUACGGCAUAUACAUACAAGUAUCCACUUAACCGAGCGAUAUGCAUACAUAUACACCAGGACAUAAGGUCCACAAGUACUUUUCCCAGGAGCUAUCCAUCCCUCGGUUCAGAUCCAGACACUAUAUACCUACAUAUAUGCAUACAUAUAUAUACAUAUAUACCUACACGUACAGAAACUCAUCCAGCACUUACACUCGCGGAUAUCAUUUUAUGACUCUUUCCGGAGUUUUGUUGUUUACGAUAAACUGUUUAUAGCUGUUUUUGAAUUUUAAAUAAAUUAUAUUUACUAUAUGGCAAAACAAAGAAUAACACUAAAGCAAACCCAUAUAUGAUAGUAAUAUGUAUAUGUUUUAAAUGCUAUUACCAAAACGAAUCUUAAAUUGAGGCUCUGCAAGCAGAGAGUUGCAAGCUAAAGAAGAAUAUUACUGAAUAAACUGCAUAUAUAUAUACACACUAAUGUGCAACUGUAUUGCAAGACAAGCAUAGCAUUUUAUUUCCGAGGCAAAAGAAUUUAACAAAACACACACACACACAAACCCAAACUCUGACACCUGUGCACGGUGGCCGGCAAUUGCAGGUGCGCCCAAGGGCCUCCAGAUUCCGCCACAGCCGUACUAACCCCCAACAAAAGAACAAACCCCAAGACAAGAGCCACAGAUAGAAGAUCUAUGUAAAACACUAGCGAUGUGAACGACACAGAGGAAUGUUUAUAAACAAUAAACAAAUGUUUGAAAACUAA